AUGGUGAAUGCAAAACGGCCAAUACUCCUUAUAGCUAAUUCGGCUCAGCUAUGUGGGGAAAAAGCGUUUAAAUUUAGCAGCAUUGGGUUUUCCUCCAGAGUGAGCACUAGCCAAGAUCUCAAAAAGUCAAGCAAUACGAAUGCUCUGACGGAUCUUAUGACCUUGUGUUACCGGCCGUAUUGCUUAAUCACAGCAGACUUAUCUACAGCAGCCUUGCGAGGUACGGAAAGUCUGCGUGAACCAACUCUACCAGCAGAGAUGGGGAGAGAGAACAAUGGCCUGCAGCAGCUGCUAGACAAGGACUCGUCGUCCAUCAUGCUGCCGCUGAGUAGCCGUUUUCCCAUGAAAGCAGCGCAAGAUCUGAUGAAGUCUUUGCUCGAGUGCCGUCUGAAGGAAGAAACAUACUCUGUGAACACUGCUUCGCAGUUGUCUAAGGCCCUAGCAAUUACCCUAAGAGAUUCUCUUUCUGAGCUGUGCAAGCCACGAUACAGAAUAGCCAUCAGCGUAGACCUGGGUGAAGAUUGCGGCCAGGGGAUUCGCGUGGGUUGCCGCUGUUUCUGGGACAAAGAAACCGAUUCAAUGACCAACGCUGUUUACCGAAAUGCCUCUCUCUUUUGUGUAGCCACUCUCUAUGCUGUGUACCUCUACUGA